AUGUCCGGCCGAGUUUUCAGAAGAUUGACGAAAAUCUUAUUGACUGGAGCCGCUUUAACCGCCACCAUCUCUAGUGUCUGUGUCGGUACUGACACCACAGGCUCGUUCCAUCAUGUGCUUGCAGUAUCGUGUCCGCUGAAAGACUCUCUUAGGUCCCAUGUAACACCAUGGGACUACAGUUGGGACAGUCGGCAGAAUAGCGAAUCAGAUAAUUCCAGCAUAUCACUGAAGCCGAAAGCCAGUCGUCAUAUCCUUCUCGUGCGUCAUGGCCAAUACCACUACGCAGAAAACGACUCUGAAUGUCAUCUAACCAAUUUGGGACGUCAGCAACUGGACCUCACCGGGCGGCGGUUACGACAGCUCAACUUUCCCUACACUCGUAUCUUCUACUCAACAAUGACGCGCGCUAUCGAAUCAACUGACGAGAUAAUCAAGCACCUCCCGGGAGUUCCCGCAACUCCUUGCGACCUUAUUCGAGAGGGCGCCCCCUUCCCCCCAGAACCGGCGGUCUUCAACUGGCCACCGGAAGGGAACGUGGCCUUCGAAGAGGAUGGGCCGCGGAUAGAGACCGCCUUCACAAACUACAUACACAGGGCGGAACCCACCCAAAGUGAGGAUUCCUAUGAGAUUUUAGUCUGCCACGGUAACGUUAUUCGCUAUUUCGUGUGUCGGGCGCUUCAGCUGCCGCCAGAGGCAUGGAUCCGAAUGUCACUGGAUCACGGGAGUCUCACUUGGCUUACCAUUCGUCCUACCGGUACCGUAUCACUUAGGUGGCUUGGUAACUCAGGCCAUAUGCCACCCGACAAGCUUAGUCUCAGCUAA